AACUUCAACUUCGAGCUUCAAACUCCAAUUCUGCCUACGCCCCUCCGACCCCACCUCAACGCUCGAAUCGCACGAGGAUCAGGAAAUUGUCGCCCAGAUACCCCACACUAAGGCACCGAAAAUCUGCAGAAUGUACCCAAGGCUGCGAGCCCUGACUUCAGUGUCGAAGACUAGUCCGAGAAAACCGGUCCUUAAUUUCUGCCGGACAUAUGCGGCGAGCUCUAAGGGAGCGGGGAAGAAGGGGAAGAAGGAUGACAAGAAAGCGAAGAAAAAGAAGGGAGGAGGUGAUUUCAUUCAACACGACUUGAAGGGUGCCAUGCAAUUCAGUCUCACGGAGGCCAUGCGAUACAUUCGAGCAAUGGAAGUUGGACGGGACCCUAUCAGUGUCAAGUACGAUCUCGCUGUCCGACUCAGGACACCAAAGUCGUCCCCGAUUAUCCGGAACAGGAUACGACUACCCACUCCUGUUAAGACUGAUAAGAGGGUUUGCGUGAUCGCAGAGGGGGAGCAAGCCGAGGCUGCACGGCAGGCUGGUGCUGCUAUCGUCGGGACUGAUGCAGUCUUUGAGCGGAUCCGGAGAGGGAACUUGGAUUUUGAACUCUGCAUUGCUCAUGAGGAUUCCUACGGGGCUCUCUUGGCUACGAAGCUAGCGAAAGUACUCGGUCCUAAGGGUCUCAUGCCAUCCGUCAAGUUUGGCACAGUUGUAAAGAAUACUGGCGCCGCCAUUAGAGAUCUCGUUGGAAAAUCCGACUACAAAGAGAGGUUGGCCGUGGUUCGAUUGCCGAUUGGCCAACUUAGAUUCACCGAAGCACAACUUGCCGAGAACAUCAAGACUUUCCUGAGCCAUCUAAGGAGGGAUAUAGCUGCACUGGAUAAUGUCACGAAAACCAUCCAUGAAGUAGUUUUGAGCUCAACGCACUCCAGCGGGUUUUCUUUGAAUGGUUGGAUCAAGCCAGAGGCGACGAGGGGGGCCCCGGAAAGCGAGUAAUAAGCAGUCCCUAUCGACCAGAAAAAUUUAAAACAUUGUCUCUUUUCUUCCUUUGGCCAGAUAAACAUCCCUUGUGUAAUUGUAAGGGGUUCGAUGCGGAAGCUCAAUGCAUGUAUAAUACAGCUAAUCGUCGCGGGCAUGAUAACACAAAGGUAGACAUCCCCAUCUUUUAGAAUCCCUUUCUCACCAGAAUUUCGUUUUAUUUUUUUUGUGUGAGGAGCCCCAGGAACUCGGAGCGAAGAACCAUGCUCGGAGUCCGA